UCGAUAGUAAAGAAGAUGGAAGUCGAACUGAAAAAGGUAAAAAGGGAAUAAUUACUAAUGGGACACUUGAAAAUAAAGCGAUGCAAAUAAGAAAUAGAAUCAUACCUGUGAAAUUCUUUAGAAAAGAG